AUGACCAGCGUGGCCCUUGCCGCUCUCCCUCACGUGCUCUCAAUGAUCUCAUCGUUCCUUGACGCUACAGGCGAGAUGACUCUGUCGGAAGCCUGCAUGGACCACAUUUGGGCAAGUAGCUGCGUCACGGCGGCCGAGCGGACCCCCGGCUGGUCGCGCUUCAACUGGCUGCGCUCGGACUCGAUCGACGCCCAGUGGCAAUUCGAGUUGUCAAUGGAUAAAGCAGCCGCAUACGAGUAUUGGGACGUCGUUCGGUGGCUCCUUAACCACUUCCAGGACUUCCGCGUAACGCAGGUCGCUGUGGAGGAAGUCAUUCGGGCCAAUCAGUUUGAGCUGUUGAAAGAGAUGCUGGGCCGCAACCGAAUCGAUUCCGAAGGCGAGAGGAUCACGCUAGGACGCGGAAUCAAUUGGACGUGUGAAGACAUGCAAGACUGUGAUGAGGAGGUCGCCCACUGGCUGUUUGCCACCACCCCUAUCGCUAGCGUCGCUGGCCAACUGAGCUCGUUGGUGUCUUUUUGUCAGCGUGAAGCGGAUAUCACGCGAGCGGAGUGGUUCAUCAAGAGAGGCUGCCCGUACAGGGCAGCAGAUGCGGUGUGUAGUGACCCAGACGUAACUUGCUGGAUGUUUGCAAGAGGUGGAGUGGGGGAGGGCGACGUCGCCAGAGCGUUGCAGUCAAUGGCAGGAGCUGGUCGCCUGGGCAUAGUACAGUGGAUUCUGAGCAAAUACCCUCCGAGCAGCACCCGGGGCUGGCAACAAUGCGGGGCAGAUGCGUUUUGGUCUGCGUGUCAGUCGAAUUGUUUGCCUGUUGUGAAAUAUUUCUUGGAACAUGGACCGAGUCAACCGUGCUUGGACCUAUACCCGAAUGCCAUGUCUGAAGCUGCUGUCCGAGGGCAUCUAGACUUGGCAAACUACCUUCACUCACAAGGUUUCACUGCAAUGGAUGGUUCCAUAUUUCGUCGUGCAGCAGUAGCCGGGUGCCUGGAGGUUGUUCAGUGGCUUUGCUGUCAGUUUGGAGCGAGUUUCUCGCUAUUAGAUAGUUAG